GCACUGAUGGGCACAGAUGAGGUGGCAUGGAUAGGCAGCACUGAUGGGCACUGAUAGGCAGCACUGAUGCGCUGGCACUGAUGAUGCUGCACUGACAGGUGGCACAGAUGGGCAGCACUGAUGGGUGGCACUGCUGGGCAGCACUGAUGGGUGGCAUUGCUGGGCACCACUGAUGGGUGGCACUGCAGGGCACAGGUGGGUGGCACUGAUGGGCACAUAUUGGUGGCACUGCUAUGCAUAGGUGGGUGGCACUGCUGGGCACAGGUGGGUGGCACUGCUGGGCACAGGUUGGUGGCACUGAUGGGUACAGGUGGGCUGCACUGAUGGGCACAGGUGGGUGGCACUGCUGGGUGACACUACUGGGCACUCAUCAUCAGUGCCCUGAUGAUCAGUGCUGCGUAUCACUGGCGGCAGCAGGGUGCGCGCCGCUGGGGGCAUGUUCUGAACAUGGUUGGGAACUA